AUGUUUUUUAGACGUUUAAAACUAUCACAUACACGAUGUUUUUUACCGGCCUUUUUCUUGAAUAAAAAUGAACAUGAUGAAGAAGGAACUGAAGUCUUAGAUAUGAAAAAAGUCGGUGGUUGGCAAGGUGUUGUGAACGCGUUUUCCACCGACGAAGAUGGUAAUCCGUCUCCAGAUGUAAGAGCUAUAUUUUCAACAAUAUGUUACAGCAGUUUGAUGGGCGGUGUGUAUGGAAGCUUAUCAUACAGUAAACGGGCUUAUGAGGAUUUUUUCCAGAAGAACCAAUCAACACUGUUUCAAAAUCAGUUUGAAGCCAAAGCUAAACUACAAUCUCAAGUUACAUUGGCCAUGGCAAGAGGCGUCUUUAAAUGGGGAACCAGAGUAGCAAUAUUCUGCGGAACUUUUACAACUAUAGUAACUGCUGUAAAUGCGUAUACACAAAAGGUUACUGUAAUUAGUUAUGCAACAGCUGGUUUUGUAGUUGGUGGAAUUGCAAGAAUAAGUUUUGGUAUGAAAGGUUUUCUUGUUGGAGCUACAUUGGGAGCUAUUUUAGGUGUCAUUGCUGGAAGUUGUACAUUAUUAAUAUUAAAAUUUUCUUCUUUUACUAUGGAUGAACUAAAAGAAUGGCAGAGCCAAAGUCAAAUAGAAAGAGACUUAUAUUUUGUUAAGGAACAAAAAACAUCUCGGAUAUUCAAGUAUGAUAAACCACCUGAACUAGAAGAACAUGAAAAAAGAAUCCAACAAUCAGAAAUUUCAUCAACAACUUCAGAAUAA